UAAGGGCAUUCUUAGACAUUACGACGAGCACAAAACAUCACUGUGUAUUGACCAGUAACAACCGGCAUCAGACUGAUGGCUCUUUUUGAGGAUUAUUUCUUCUUCAUUUUUUCCAGUCCAACCACUGUUUUGUUGUUUAUUACUUUCUUACUUGUUCUCUGCCUUGCUUACAGCAGUUUUGCUUCUCACACAGGAAACGACCCUCCGGGACCGAGCCAUCUGCCUCUGCUUGGCAACCUGCUGCAGAUUGAUCUGAAGAGACCCCACAACACCCUGUGUGAGUUUUCAAAGAAAUAUGGAUCUGUGUUCACUGUGUAUUUUGGACCCACUAAGGUGGUGGUCCUAACUGGGUAUAAGACAGUCAAAGAGGCUCUUGUCAACUAUUCAGAGGAGUUUGGAGAUCGAAGCAUCACUCCUAUUUUUAAUGACAUCAAUCAUGGUCAUGGUAUUUUAUUUGCAAAUGGAGAUUCUUGGAAAGAAAUGAGACGUUUUGCUCUUUCUACCCUAAAGGACUUUGGAAUGGGCAAAAAAAUAGCUGAGCAGAAGAUCAUCGAAGAGUGUCACCAUUUGAUCAAAACAAUUAAAAGCUAUAAAGGGGAAGCAUUUGACACAAAAUGCAUCUUGUCUUAUGCAUCAUCCAAUAUCAUCUGCUCCAUUGUGUAUGGAAGCAGAUUUGAAUACAAUGACUCAAUGUUCAAGGAAAUGAUUCGGCUUUCCAGUGACAACAUACGCCUCGUUGGUUCUGCAGAAAUCCAGCUUUACAACACGUUUCCAUGGUUGGGAAGUUUGCUCCAAAAGCGAAGGCUGAUAUUACAAAAUUUGGAGAAACAUGUUGCCAUGAAUAAAGAUUUAAUCCAGAAUCUGAAAGAAACAUUGAGCACUGAUGGUUGCAGGGGUCUGGUGGACUGUUUCCUGACCCAUCAAAGGAAAGAUGAGGAAGCUCAUGUUGUGGACUCUCUUUAUCAUGAGAAGAACCUGCUUUUCACAGUGGGCAACCUGUUUGGUGCUGGUACUGAUACCACAGCAACUACACUGCGAUGGGCUUUGCUGUUUAUGACCAAAUAUCCACAUAUACAGAACCAGGUCCAUGAGGAGUUGAGCAGUGUUAUUGGAAAACGUCAGAUCAACGGAGAGGACAGAAAACUGUUGCCGUACACAAAUGCUGUCAUUCAUGAGACCCAGAGGUUUGCAAGCAUUGUUCCAAUGGCUGUUCCUCAUCAAAUGGCAAGCGAUGUAAUCUUCCAGGGGUAUCUUAUUAAAAAGGGGACGACUGUUUUUCCGUUACUGACUUCUGUCCUCCACGAUGAGAAUGAAUGGGAGAGCCCGCACACUUUCAAGCCCUCCCACUUCCUGGAUGAAGAGGGCAAAUUCAUCAAACGAGAUGCUUUCAUGCCAUUUUCUGCAGGUCGAAGGGUGUGUCUGGGUGAAAGCCUGGCCAGGAUGGAGCUCUUCCUCUUCUUCUCCAGCCUUGUCCAACACUUUGAAUUCUGUCCUCCACCUGGAAUUACAGAGGCCGAACUGGAUCUGACUCCUGAUGUGGGCUUUACCAUCGGCCCUUUGACAUAUGAGCUGUGCGCCACCAACCGCACUUGUUGAAUGCCACUUGCAAAGCACAUGGGCUGUGGGUCCUUGGCAUGAAGUGUGGGUAGGAAUCAAUUUUCAACUAAUUGAACUUGAGAAUUUUCCUAGACUAUUUCAACCUGUAGAAUCCGAAUGUGGUUGUUGUCAUGUUGUAAUCUUGCACAUUAUGGAACUAUAUGACAUUUUGGGUCAAAAUCACCCAUUUUUGAAAUUAGCCUCUAAUUCAAUGAAAUUGUUAAUAGCAUUGUAGAUACUGCUUAUGAAACCUUCAAAUUUUGUCUGCUAUGAGCUAGGAUGUUCAGCUAGAUGGCCAGAAUGCAAGACUUGUGUUGAGAAUAGAUAUCAGUGAGUAAAAACAUGUUUUUCAAGAAAAUAUGGUUUCGUCAUUUUUCAUUCUAAAAUUCUGAAAGUAUAUAGAAAACAUCAUUCAACUUUGGAAUUCUGUCCCCAAUGCCAUUUGAAACAUUU